AUGGAAACACCGUUGCUUUCGUCAAACGAUGUUGACACGGAAGUUGACAAACCGAAGUUUACGGGUUUGGUUUCUACAAUGAAAUCAAAUUUCUUCACGGAUUUGCCUCAAAAGCUUCGAUCUCACAUAGAUCCGGAAGACCCUUUUGAUAUUGAUGUCUCCAAAGCUAUAGGCCUAAAAAGAGAUGAGAAGGAGUACUACGAACGACAAAUAGCAACACUAAAAUCUUUUGAGGAAGUAGAAACUUUUGUAUCUCGAUCACAAGAUUAUGUCAUAGAUGAAAAAAUCCAAGAAGAAGAUCGAGCUGAGAGAGCUGCACAAGAGAUAGCCAUGCAAAUCUCCAACUGGGCUAACAUUUUUUUACUUUCUCUCAAGACAUAUGCUACUAUAAAGAGUGGAUCGAUAGCAAUUGCAGCAUCGACACUUGACUCUUUGCUUGAUCUAAUGGCUGGUGGAAUACUUUGGUUCACACAUAUAUCAAUGAAGAACAUCAAUAUUUACAAAUAUCCCAUUGGAAAGCUUAGAGUGCAACCAGUUGGAAUCAUCAUUUUCGCAGCGGUUAUGGCCACUCUUGGGUUUCAAGUGCUGCUUGUGGCAGCUGAAAAAUUGAUUACAAAUGAACCUCCAGAAACAAUGAGUCAUGACCAAGUGAUAUGGUUAUAUUCAAUCAUGCUAACUGCAACUGCUAUUAAACUCAUUUUGUGGAUCUACUGCAGAAGUUCAAGAAAUCAUAUCGUCCGUGCAUAUGCUAAGGAUCAUUACUUUGAUGUGGUGACAAACCUUCUUGGACUUGUUGCGGCUGUUCUUGGGAAUGCCUACUAUUGGUGGAUGGAUCCGUCUGGUGCAAUUGUUUUAGCCAUAUACACUAUUGUCAAUUGGUCUGGAACCGUUAUGGAAAAUGCUGUCUCAUUGAUCGGACAAGCAGCUCCUCCAGAAGUAUUGCAGAAGUUAACAUACUUAGUAUUGCGACAAGGCGCAGAUGACAUCAAACGUGUUGAUACUGUCCGCGCCUACACAUUCGGUGUUCUUUACUUUGUCGAGGUUGAUAUAGAAUUACCAGAAGAUUUGCCAUUGAAAGAAGCUCAUGCAAUUGGUGAAUCAUUGCAAAUAAAGCUCGAAGAACUACCAGAAGUGGAAAGAGCUUUUGUUCAUCUUGAUUUCGAGUGUAGUCACAAGCCUGAGCACUCUGUUCUUUCUACCAUUCCAAACGAUUUAUGA